UACACAUAAAAGCAAAAAUGGCUAUUGCAAUAAUAACCAUACUCUUGCCCAUACUUCCUUCUCUUUUGCCAUUUAUUUUCCUUCUUUAUUGCAUGACUCUAUUUCCCCCAAAGCCACCUAAACACCAUAAAAAUGAACUGAAAAUAUUACCUCCAGGUCCCCGACCAUUACCGCUCAUCGGAAACCUCCAGUUACUAGGCAUACUCCCACAUCAAAGUCUUUACCAUCUAGCCAAACAAUACGGUCCGAUCAUGUUCUUGAAAUUAGGGUUCGUCGAAACUGUCGUGGUUUCAUCAGCUGAAUCCGCCGAGCUUUUCUUGAAAACACACGACGCUGCUUUCGCCAACCGCCCGAAAGUUUUAAUCUCCGAUUUCUUGUCGUAUGGUUCUCGAGGCAUGAUUUUCGACGAUUAUGGUCCGUAUUGGAGAAACGUUAGAAAAGUUUGUACAUUACAGCUUCUAAGUUCAUCAAAAAUUGAGUCAUUCGCACCUUUGAGAAAACAAGAAGUUGAAUUAAUGGUGGCGAAAAUAAAGAAGGCGGCGGAGUUGAAGGAGGUGGUGGAUGUUAGUGGCAGAGUUGGUGAUUUUAGUUUGAACUUGAUUUGCAGGAUGAUAUUCGGACAACCUUGUAAUGAUGAUGACUCUAAUUUAAGGCAUCUCAUUAAAGAGUCUUUGGAAUUGGUCGGAGCUAUUAAUAUUGCAGAUUAUGUUCCUUAUAUUGGUGCACUUGAUCUUCAGGGAUUAACACGAAGAACAAAGGCAUACAGGAAAGGCAUGGACCGAGUUCUAGAAAACAUUAUUGAUAGCCAUGAAAAAGAUGAUCGAUGGAAGACAAAAGAGCAAAAAGAUUUUAUUGAUGUCUUACUUGCAAUAAUGAAUAAUUCAUCGCCAAUAAUUAAUUCCAACGACGACCAAUCCUACGUUAUUGAUCGAACAUGCAUUAAGGCUAUAAUACAAGACAUAAUCGUAGGUGGCUUCGAAACAUCAGCUUCUUCAAUCGAAUGGACAUUUUCGGAAAUCUUAAGGCAUCCGAGAGUAAUGAAACGCCUUCAAGAAGAGUUGGAAUCUGCAAUCGGGUUAGAUCGAAUGGUUGAAGAAGAAGAUUUGCCUAAGCUAACUUACUUAGAAAUGGUGAUUAAAGAAAGCCUACGGCUUUAUCCGACAUUGCCUUUGAUUCCGAGAAAAUGCGUAGAGGAUAUUACGGUUAAUGGGUAUCAUAUACCGAGUCGUUCAAGAGUUCUUGUAAAUGCUUGGGCGAUAGGACGAGAUAGUAAUGUAUGGUCCGAUAAUGCGUUAGAAUUUUAUCCGGAAAGAUUCGAGGACGAAUGUGUAGAUCUUCGCGGUCAUCAUUUUAAGUUAAUACCGUUUGGUUCUGGCCGGAGAAGCUGCCCGGGGAUUAAUUUAGGGUUAAAGAAUAUACGGCUUGUCAUUGCGCAACUAGCUCAUUGCUUUAACUGGAAGCUUCCAGUUGGUGUGUUGCCGAGUGAAGUAGAUAUGACUGAGAAAUAUGGACUCACGUUGCCCAGAGCUACUCAUAUAUUUGCAAUGCCAACUUAUAGAUUAAAUGUUAAAUGAUAAGUGUUAAGAUAGAUUGAUCAUGAACUAUAAUUAAGUUGUGUUGUUUGGUUAUUAAAGAAUUUGUACAUGUUAUACGUUUAUAAUAAUUCCCUGUGCAAAGAAAGGAAGAAGCAUUCAUCACUUCUAUACAAAAAAAAUUGUGUAAUUCGAUCACUAAGAAAAACAGGAGAAAUUAACUAAUUUUGGGACGUGUCCCUUCAAUUAUCAA